CUCCCACAGAGUGUAAUGUUGCCCUGUGAUUGGUCUGUAUUACAGGAGCUGGUGGACUACCUGCGUAGCCACUCCCACAGUGCGGUGUACGCCUCGGCCAUGUCUCCUCCCGUCACAGAACAGAUUCUGAGAGCCAUGAAAUGCAUCAUGGGGCUGGAUGGAACCACCGUGGGUCAGGCCAGGGUGCACCAGCUAGCAGAGAACACGCGCUACUUCAGGUCUCGUCUUCAAGAGAUGGGUUUCAUCAUCUACGGUAACGAUGAUUCUCCUGUGGUCCCAAUUCUGCUCUACAUGCCAGGAAAAGUUGUGGCUUUCUCUCGUGCCAUGCUGAAGAGGAAGAUAGGAGUGGUGGUGGUGGGUUUCCUGCUACGCCAUCACAGAGGCACGGGCACGCUUCUGUCUGUCUGCUGCACACACCAAGGCAUGCUCGACCAGGUGUUGUUUGAUCUGAACGAGUUAGGAGAUGAUUUGUGUCUGAAGUUCUCCCGGAGGAAAUAUUCUCUCUCGUCCACAACAACACAACAACAACGACGACACAGACUUUGAGCUGGACAGUUAGCCAAUGACUGAUAGGAUAACCCCUGAUCUCUGACCUCCCACCUCUGCACUGAGAGACUGUAACGGUGGUUCCAUGCUGACAGGAAUGGCCAUACGUCCCAAUAAUUUCUCCUUUAUCCCAAAUGUGCACUGGUGCUCUCCUCCCCACACAUGUUAAAAACAUUGGAUUGGUGUAAGCAUGGGUUAGACAGUGUCUAGUACCAUUUGUCUUGUUCCAGAUCAUAAUGGGAAGUGAACAGGUGUACAUGGUUAGAUUUUGGGAACAGCAGUGGGCCUCUACCUUCCAUGCCAUGGCUAAUACACAGAGAGAUGUGGGGUUUCUCUCUACCAGU